AUGGCUCUUAAGCGUAUUAACAAGGAGUUGACUGAUCUCGGCCGAGAUCCUCCCUCUUCCUGCUCCGCUGGCCCUGUUGGCGAGGAUCUGUUUCACUGGCAAGCUACGAUUAUGGGUCCUUCUGACUCCCCUUACUCCGGCGGUGUCUUCUUCCUUGCGAUUCACUUCCCUACCGACUACCCCUUCAAGCCUCCCAAGGUCAACUUCACCACACGCAUCUACCACCCCAACAUCAACUCCAACGGAAGCAUCUGCUUGGACAUUCUCCGAGACCAGUGGAGCCCUGCUCUGACCAUCUCCAAAGUUCUUCUGUCCAUCUGCUCAAUGCUAACGGAUCCUAACCCUGACGACCCUCUGGUGCCUGAGAUCGCCCAUGUCUACAAGACUGACCGACCCCGAUACGAGGCCACAGCCCGAGAGUGGACUCGAAAGUACGCCAUUUAA